CGUCAGCGUGCCACCACCGUCGCUGUACCCUCCUUCCUCCCGUGCACGCAAGGCACCCGGGGGCGCCGAAAGCGACGGGGGGCGCGGCCGCGUGAGCUUUAAACCUGCCCGGCCUCCUCGCCGCACUCCCCACCGCCGCUCGCCGAGCUCACCCGCGCCGGAGCUGGACUAAAACCUCGGGGGAGUAACUGCGCGGAUCGAGAGGCUCUAGGGUUUGGGUGUGGAGUUGGAGGCGCGGAGCGGAAGGGGAUAGCGGUUGGUGGCUUGGCGCGGAGGGGCUGGGGUUGGGGAUUUGGAUGGUCGCGGCGGCGCGGCGCUGGAGUAGUAGUACUGGUGCCGCUCCUCCUACUACCCAUGGGCAGGUCGUUCCGGGACUCGCUCAAGCUGCUCGAGGCCGACAUCCAGCACGCCAAUUCUCUUCUUGCAUCAAUAAUGCAUUGCUCAAUAAUUUAUUUUUUUGGUAAAAACUGCAGUGCUUCUGAAUUCCGAAGGGAAUAUGAUGGUGCCUGUCUUCAGAUGAGGAUGUCAUACUGUCCGGCUGCACACCUUUUCCUUUUUCUUGUGCAGUGGACAGACUGCAACCUUGCUGGUGCUCUUGGGCUGUUGAGAAUUCUCAUUUACAAGGUUUAUGCUGAUGGGACAACCACCAUGUCCACUCAUGAAAGGAAAGCGAGCAUUAGGGAAUUCUAUGCUGUAAUUUACCCUUCUCUGGCGCAAUUACAUGAAGGAAUUAAUGAGGUGGAGGACAGGAAACAAAAAGCAAUUUGUAUAGAGAGGUAUAGAAGACGAGAGGAGGAUCACAAAAGGGUGAUCUCAGAGAUUGAUGAUAAUAUAGAGGAAGAGUGUGGCAUAUGUAUGGAAAUAAACUACAAAGUUGUCCUUCCAACUUGUAGCCAUGCUAUGUGCAUUAAAUGCUACCGUGACUGGAGAUCAAGAUCCCAGUCCUGUCCGUUCUGCCGCGACAGCCUCAAGAGGGUCAACUCCGCCGACCUCUGGAUAUACACGGAUAACAGGGACAUCGUCGACAUGGCGACGGUCCGAAGAGAGAACCUGAGGCGUCUCUUCAUGUACAUAGAUAAGUUGCCCACGGUGAUCCCCGAAUCUGUUUUCGAGGUAUACGAUUCCCACGUAAAGUGACCCUGUGCUCGGCUCGGCGCUGCGCCAAUUGUUCAUUAGUUGGGUACUGCUAGUGCUGUAGACAUUACCAAUUGUUCGGCAGUGGGGUGCUGCUAGUGCUGUAGACAUUGCCGGUUGUUCAUCAGUGGGGUGCUGCUGGUGCUGUAGACAUUUCUGGAGCCCCGGGCGCCGGCUGCCGCGAGCUUAUGAACGCUCCGAGCUGCUCGCCGGGGAGGCUCUUUAUGUAUGUGAGGUAUUUCCUAUGUAUGUAAAUUAUUGUCAGUUGUAUCCACACGGCCUGUGUGAUGAUGUGUUAGGAGUCUAACGCCUUGGGCAUGUAAGUAAUGGAUUUUUUUUUGUGGACAUGUAAGUAAUGAAUCAUUGGCUCUUAAGCAUUUCGUCUGUGCCUGUUUGGGGGAAUGCCAUUCUGGAA